AACAUAGUUUUUUCUUGUGUUUUUGUGUUUAAAUUUGCUUUGAAGUUGGGCUUGUGCUCUAUUGUGCUGAAAAUUUAUGUAACUUAGCAAAAAAAGGAGUAGUUUGAAGUCUCUUGUUUGGGUUUGUUCAUUUUUUGGGUUGUCAGUUGAGCAAGUAAAUAUUUUUUUCUUAAUAUAGGGCAAACAAUUGGGUUAUUAUGACUUUUUUUGGACUAAUAACAACUGGUUGAAAGGGAGGGAGCCUGCCGCUGCUGCAGGAAAAAAUCCUAGAGGAAACACUGGAAUAGUAUAUAUUUUAUGAGGUUUUAACACGAUAAAACAUGCCCACCAGUGUAUGAUAUUCUGUUUUGACCAGACGGUUUUUAUGCACUGUAAUAUAACAGUUGCAUUUCCUUAUUACACUGUUAAUGUGGGUUAUUAUAUUGCUAAUCAAUGCAGCUUUAUAUCAUGAGAACGUAAGUAAGUCUAAUGGCCUACAUUACUUACAGACAGAUGUAAACAAGUGUAACAGUGAAACUGAAACACACAUUGAUGUUCAUUAGAGCAGCCGGGAGCUCCAAGGUCACAGUGUGUUUGCACAGCACUUUAUAAAUCUGGGAAACGCUGGGAGAGAGCUGCUGUCCUGUGUGUGUUUGCUGUAGUGAGAGAACAGGCUAUUAAUUAUCACCCUGAUUCAGCAGCAACAGCAGCAAGCUAAUGUAAGAGCAACACAACGACAACAACGAAGGUCUGAUGCUCGGCUGCCUCGGCCGCCACCAUGUUCACCAAAAAGAAGAAGUCUCGCAUCCAGAUCUCGGCCCCGUCUAACUUCGAGCACCGCGUCCACACGGACUUCGACGAGCAGGAGCAGAAGUUUGUUGGGUUGCCGCGGCAAUGGCAGUCGCUGAUCGAAGACACGGCCAAGAGGCCCAAACCCUUCAUCGACGCCACCGUCAUCACCACUGUGGAACCACGGAAGACCAUCGUACGCGGCAGCAAGCUGGGGGUGGAUGGCUCUCUGACGUGGCUGCUGGACGAGUUUGACACGAUGUCGGUGACUCGCUCCAACUCCCUGCGACGAGGAAGUCCUCCUAUCCAGCCUCGCAGGGACUCCGGCUCCUCAGGAGGAGGAGGACUGCAGGAGAACGGAGAUCCUCACCACAGACACCACUCAGACAGAGACCGGCCCAGACAGGACCACCAUGGAGGAGGAGACCCUCGUCAGCGUUCUGUCCGUCCUCCUCAGAGAGACGAAGGAGUCCAGGGUCGACCUCAGCAGCAGCCCCGAGGACAAGAACCCAGCCGGGCCCCCAGAGACCGACUGGAUUCCGGACCUCCUGCUCCCCCUCACAGAGACAGGGAGCAUCGGGACCGAGACCAGGACCAGGUGGUUCGCAGGGACCAACCCGCCGACCACAGGCCCAAGUCCAGCUACGUGACCCGGGACGGUAGCCCCCAGUCUCCCAGGGACAAGAGGCCUCUCUCGGGACCCAACAUCCGCACCCCGAACCUGCCGGUGACGGAGGGGGUGAUGAAGACCGCCCAGCAGACCACGCGGCCCUUCAACACAUACCCGAGGACGGACAGCGAGGGCGGACGCAGCCCCACCGGACAGCCGAGUCGCCACCAUGAAUCCUCCCCCCAGAACGGACCCUCCAGCGGCUCCAGUCGAGGUUCCUCCGGCUCCAAGCCCCCGGUGAACCACCAGCACCCUCACCACACCUCCCACCCCAGCCUCACCCCCGAGUCCUCCCAGCACCCGCACACCCCUCACCCCAACAUCCCGGCCCCGCGGCCCCCCGUCCCCUCCGGACCCCCGGCGUCAGGGGCUCCUCCUCAGGGCCGCUCGCCGCAGAGGGAGCCCCAGAGGGUCUCCCAUGAGCAGUUCAGGGCAGCGCUGCAGAUGGUGGUGGAUCCGGGCGACCCGCGGACCUACCUGGACCACUACAUCAAGAUAGGAGAGGGCUCCACAGGGAUCGUGUGCAUCGCCACGGUGAAGACCACCGGGAAACUGGUGGCCGUGAAGAAGAUGGACCUGAGGAAGCAGCAGCGCAGAGAGCUGCUCUUCAACGAGGUGGUGAUCAUGCGGGACUACCACCACGAGAACGUGGUGGAGAUGUACAACAGCUACCUGGUGGGAGACGAGCUCUGGGUCGUCAUGGAGUUCCUGGAGGGAGGAGCGCUGACCGACAUUGUGACGCACACGAGGAUGAAUGAGGAGCAGAUCGCCACCGUGUGUCUUUCUGUCCUGAAGGCGCUGUCUGUCCUCCACACUCAGGGUGUGAUCCACAGAGACAUAAAGAGCGACUCCAUCCUUCUCACUCACGACGGCCGGGUGAAGCUGUCAGACUUCGGUUUCUGCGCUCAGGUGUCCAAGGAAGUCCAGAGGAGGAAGUCUCUGGUUGGGACGCCAUACUGGAUGGCACCUGAGCUCAUCUCCAGGCUGCCUUACGGACCAGAGGUGGAUAUCUGGUCUCUGGGUAUCAUGGUGAUAGAGAUGGUGGACGGAGAGCCGCCGUACUUCAACGAACCGCCGCUCAAAGCCAUGAAAAUGAUCCGAGACAAUCUGCCUCCCAAACUGAAGAACCUGCACAAGGUCUCCCCUCUGCUCAAAGGCUUCCUGGACAAGAUGCUGGUUCGAGAUCCUGCACAGAGAGCGACGGCCAGCGAGCUCCUCAAACACUCCUUCCUGACGAAGGCCGGCCCGCCGUCCUGCAUCGUCCCUCUGAUGCGACAGAACAGGAUGAGAUGAGAGGAUCCGAGGACGUGAAGGUUCAGGUGGAUCAGAAUACUCCUGCACACGGAGGCGAAAACACUCAGAGAAGGCGUUAGGAAAGUGUGCGGGAGUAUUCUGCUUUUCUUACACAAGUCACUAAACCGCGGGGAGCGAGUUCCCCAAUAAGAGGCAAUAAGGUGGUGUGUGUUUGUGUGAAUGUUUCGAGGCUCGCCGUGUGAAUAAACGCAGAAGAGGAGCCUCGGUUUGCCUGUGGAGUGAUUUUUUGCUGAUUUAACUGAAGAGCCUCGCCUGGAAACGUUAACACCUGUGGCUCUUUUUUUUUUUAUUUCCUAUUUGGACCUUACCUGGAUUUUACGCGUGAACGAAGGUGGGGUUUUGCACACCAGUCGGAUGCUUUGAAGGAGCCGAUUUUUUUAGAGACUGACGGUUUUGAAUCUCACUAUCGGACAAUCUGGAAUAUGUUUUUUUCACCACAGGCUUCUCUCAACUCGGACUCGAUUCCUCGCCACACCCAGAACUUACUACUGAGAGAGGAGAGACUUUAGACUCGGCAAUGAGUCACGCAGACUUUUAUUUUGUAGCCAUAAAAAAAGAAAAAAUAAUCCUAGGUUCGUGUUGUAAACAAGCAAACCUACACUAAGUGAAAAGGUAAACACUGGAGUCGUGGUAACAGAUGAAUUUUUCUCCUAUUUCCUCCUAAUUUUCUUCCUGUGUAAGUACAAUGAACAUAGAGAGAUAUAUCAGUUUUGACGUUCUGCUAUCUCUAUUUUGUGAUUGUUUUAUUAUUAUUAUUAUUAUGAUGUGUUUCCUGGUUUUAUUCUAGAGUGAGAUGUGAUGAUUUUUUUUUUUUCAAGCACUGUUGACGGGAGAUAGAAGCUGCACUCCCAGUUGAUUUCAGCCGAUAAAAACACUAGAUAUUCAAAUUUUUCUUGUUUUAGAUCGAAACCACAGCACACACAGCCCCUUCUGUUUUUACUUUGAACACCAUAGACUUUUUAGGAGAUUUAACUCAUUUCCUCUCGUACUAACGCUUCUUGUGAGGUAGAAAACUAAACACGUGCUGCUCGUCGAGUGAACGGUGAGCUGCUGACGUGCAGGAGAGCUCGUUGUGUUGCUCUCCAAUUAAUGUUUGAUUGACGAGUUAAUGGAUCUGGCAGCCCUGUUGUCAUAGUUUAAAGAAAGCAAAAAAAACACUCACCAGUAGCGGCUUUGUUGAGGUUUUAUCUCCCAUCUGUACAGCGCUGAUCGUAGCAUCACUGUGUUUGUGUGAAGAUGUGGGACUAUUUCAGCGUUUAACUCGGUGUAGAUGUGGUUUCUGUGAAAGUGGGCCAUUAGGCAGAUAACAGAAGCAGCUGCGAGGCUUUGAACACUAGCAGCAGCUGCUAACAAUGGAAACAUGUUUAAUCGCUGGGAGAAAUAUUUGUUCUACGUCCUUCCAGACUCUUCAGAUUAAUCUAGUUUCCCUUCAUGACUAAUAGCAAAUUAUCACCACCGAAGCACAGAAUGACACCUGCAACUCAUCUUCUCACUGCCUCAAUUAAUCCCAUAAUUAUUUAAAACGAUUACACUUCAGUUUGGUCCAGAUGUUGCUGCCAAGAGUUUGAAGUUCAGGGAUUUGACAGACGGGUCAGUACAGCACCAGAAGAUGGAGCUUCCAACCUUCAUCUAAGGUCAUGAACUUGGUUGGAGUGACUAAAAAUUUCCUGGCUGUAGAGUUUCUGCUUCUUCACGUUGAAAGGAGCUAACUGAGGUGUGGUUCAGCGUCUGAUUAGGAUGCUUCCUGUGGAGGUUUUCUUGAGGAGAAUCUGGGAUUAAAUCAAAACUCGCUGGAGGGAUUACAUAUCUCAUCUGGCCUGGGAACACCUCAGGAUCUUCCAGGAGGAACCUGAAAACGUUGCUGUGAAGUUAGACGUCUGGAGUGACCUAUGUAGCCUCCAACUCUGGAUGAACACAAGAAAAUGGAGAUGAUACACCCACUUUGUUUUGCCUUGAUGAGCCUCAGACUGGACGAUACCAUCUGUAGUUUCUUUCUGCAUCUUGUAGCUCUAAAGAAGAUAAAGCAUUCUUCUCUCUCAGCCAGACCAGACUUUCAAUUCCUGCACCGUCUUCCAGUUUAGCUGCUGCAAAGACCAUCUUUUUAUCACACCACACCUCAUUUCAGUAGCUUUUAACAUCAAAAACCCAGAAUACUUCCACCUGAUCUGCUGGUUUUAUCCCAGGAUUCAUUGGUGGACCAUUUAAGUGGAACUGCUGUAGCUUGAAAUUACACUUUUGAACCAGUGGAUCUUAAUAAAACAACUAAAAAAAACAUAAAAAUUUUCAACUCUAUCUUGGUAAAUAUCUGGACUUUUGUCCUGACUGUAAUGAUCGGCUGUUAAAGUUGCUGCAGAGAAUGUCUGGACUGAUCUUUGUAGCUUUUAUAAGCAGAAAAACGGAUGGAUGCUUUGUGUAGACCCAGUUUCCUUGGCCCUGAUGAUCCUCGGACUGCAAGAUUUGAGGCGUUUUCAUCAGCAGACAUCUGUAGUUUCAUACUUCUACCUUGUAGCACUACAAAAACAUCACUACAGAAGAUAAAAUUGAAGAUAAAGCUUCUCUUUCCAUUCCAUUUUUGUCUUCCAGUUUAGCUGCUGCAAAGAUCCUCUUUUCCUCAUACCAGACCUCAUUUUAGUAGCUUUUUAACAUCAAAAAUCCCAAAUACUUCCACGUGAUCUGUUGGUUUUACCUCAAGAUUCAUUGGCAGAACAUGAUGGACCAUUUAAGUGGAACUUCUCUAGCUUAAAAUUACACUUUUAGACCAGUGGAUCUCCAUAAAACAAAGAAAAAAAACAUCACUACAGAAGAUAAAAUUGAAGAUAAAGCUUCUCUUUCCAUUCCAUCCUUGUCUUCCAAUGUAGCUACUGUAAAGAUGCUCUUUUCAUAAGACCAAACCUUGAUUUUACAAUUAAAAACCCCAAAUCCUUCCACCUGAUCUGCUGGUUUUAUCCCAACAUUCAUUGGUGGAACAUGGCAGACCAUACAAGUGGAACUUCUGUAGACCCACUUUCUUUGGCCCUGAUGAUCCUCAGACAUCUGUAGUUUCGUACUUUUACCUCGUAGCAAUGAAGAGCCACUAAUACAGAAGAUAAAAUCUAAAAUAAGGCGGUCUCUUUGGUAAAAAUCACUCAGAGUUGAGAUGCACAUAAUUACCAAACAUUCCUCUUUCUUGCUUUUUCCAUUAAUAUCACAAACCCAGAAUAUUUCCACUGAAAAUUCUGCAUUUUCAUGUGCUGUCUGGCUUUUUAAGAACUUCAAUUGGAGGUUUAUUUGAUGGCGUAGCACACUACCAGUACCUUGUUGUGUACUUUUUCUACUCUACAAAAGCUCAACAAUCACUUUGUGGGUUCUUCGUCUGUGAACGGAGAAACCGGCGACUUUGAGAUCUUGUAGCAGCACAGAGUAGAGUUUAGUUCUAGUGUUGUUUAACCUCAUCAAGUGGUUUAAUAGUGUGGCGCUCACUGUUUGGAGGAUUUCUGAGUAAAAGCAACCUCAGUGCUGUUUGUCUCUGUGGUUACCGAGACUCCAUUAGGGUGCACCUUAACCUCAAUAAAACAAACUUCCUUCCAGGCGUCACUUUGCAUGUUGUCGUGCUUUGACAAAGUUAAACUCUGAGUCGAUGCCCUGCUGCCGUUUCCACCCCAGCAGCAGCAGGAAAUUAACUUUAUAAAAACGUGCAUUACGAGUUUAUUUUUGAGCCUGAACGUCCGUUAAUCGUAAACCUUUCGUUCCUGACAAUUUUUCCCCUUCAGAGGCUUCUGCGUGGCAGAAAUUCUCUAGUAGGCGUUGUGUACUUUGUCUCCUUGGCGGCUUUCCAGACGGCAGACUUUCGUCAGUUUCUGGAUCUGUUUUGUGGUCAGAACCAGUAACGAGUCACAGAGAACGAUAGAUAGAAGAGCUGAAUGAAAAGACACUCAGUCAUAGUGAAGAUAUAUGAGACCUUAAUUUAAUGUUGAUCCCGUUUGAAUCUUUUAAGCACCUGCUGGUUAAUCUCACUAAUCCAGAUGAAGAUAUGAACUUUCCUCCUGCUAACUGCUGGUAAAUUACAUCUGUUGAGUUUCUGUUGAGUAUUACAGCCACUGGAAACCCCAAAAAAACCCAAUAAUAUCAUUUUUAUGCUUACAUUAGUCAAAUUUGUUGACAUAUUUGAUGCAUAACAGUCCUUCCUGUUGAUGAAGCUACUUUUUAGCUUCCAAACCAGCCUUUUUAUUGAUGGGUAUGUUCUCUUGGUGUUGAUUGGUGAAACCUCCAACUUUAGGUGUUGCUUAUUGGAUGCUUUAUAUCCUAAUAUUCAACACCUUUAUUCUCAAAAUAAUAAAUAUGCAUAGCAUGUUAGUGCUAGCUGUGAACUCCAACAUUCUGCUGUCACUUUUAUCAUCGUGGAAAGUCCAGUUGAAAAUCAGAAUCUAGCUCUGCUGUGAUGUUUGUCUCUAAUCUAAAACUAAAUCAGAUGAGUUUUACAUCUUUUUAAGACAGAAUCAGAACUAGAAAAGAGAUUAAUCGAGCAGAAGUUAAAUUCUUGCAGCAUUUUUACGUCUAUGAAGCCCAGCUUUUAUUUUGAAAUGCAUAUUUUCAGUAAUUCCGUGGACGUAGCUGUCGUGAUGAUUUAUAAUCCCACUUUAAAUCAGUUUAACCGUGCAUCUACUGAUUAAUGACACUAAUCCAGAUGAAGAUAUGAGCUUUCCUCCUGCUAACUGCCUCUAAAUUCCAUCUGUUGUGUUUCUGUUGAGUGUUAUGUUGAAAUUAGACAGAUUCGCUGACAUAUUUGACGCAUAGCAUUUCUGUUGAGUCCUGUAGCUGCUUUUUAGCUUCCAAACCAGUCUUUUUAUCGACUCGUAUGUUCUCUUCGUUAGCGGUGGUGUUGAUUGGUGAAACCUCCAACUUUAGGUGUUGCUUUUUGGACGCUUUUGGUCAUAAUUUUUGACUUUAUUCUCAAACUCAUAAAUAUGCAUAGCAUGUUAGCGCUGAAUGCUAACUUGUAGUACACAACCCUAAGACGCUACUUAGCUGUGAAGUCGUCCAACAUGUUGGUGUCACUUUUAUUAUCGUGGAAAGUCCAGAUGAAAAUUGGAAUCUGACUCUGCUGUGAUGUUUGUCUUUAAUCUAACACUAAAUCAGACAAUCUUUGCCUCUUUUUAAGACAGAAUCAGAAAUAGAAACGAGAGAUUAACUGGACAGAAGUUACAUUUUUGGAGCAUUUUUAUGUCUACGAAUCCCAGCUUUUAUUUUGAAAUUUUAAAAUGCAGAUUUGCAGUAAUUCUGUCAACUUUCCUCCUGCUAACUGCUGGUAAAUUGCAUCCGUUGUGUUUCUGUUGAGUUUUAGGGCCACUGGAAAUCCAAAAAAAAGUCAAUUUUUUGGAGAAUUUUCAAGAUAAAUGUCAUUGUUGUGCUUAAAUUAGGCGAAUUUGCUGAUAUAUUUGAUGCAUAACAGUACUUCCUGUUGCAUGAAGCUCCUGUUUUAGCUUCCAAACAAGUCUUUUUAUUGACUCGUACAUUCUCUUGGUGUUGAUUGAUGAAACCUCCAAUUUUAGGUGUUGCUUAUUGGACAGUUUUUAAUUUUCAACUUUAUUCCCAAAAUAUGCAAAGUUCCUGAAGUUUCCUGACCCUCAAAGUCCCAGUUUGUCUUCAUGUUCAGAUUUAAACCAACACUAACUCUCGUUAUUGGUCAUUUUUUUUGCUUCAUUCUUCAUCCAAUCAGCUUCUUCUUCAUCAUCAAUGUGAAAAUCUGUUUCCAGGUCGUGUUUCUGGACCAGAUUCUACUGCUGUGUGUGUUUUCUGUGAGUUUGUCUGUGGGUUUUGUGGACAUUUCAUGCCUUAACAUUUUUACAAUCACUACUUGAUGGAUCGAAACACUACGACUGUUUGAGACUUUUUCAUCUCAGUUUUCACGUCCUGGAGGCUUUUUAAACUUCCUGUUCUGGGGUUUUUCAUAAAGCACGGCUGCUGGGAUUGAUUCAGAACUUAGUGCCUUGCUUAGCGGCAUCCAGACCGAUAUUUUUGUGUCUUGUUUCUUGGGAAACCCUCCUGACGGACCGAUAUGUUUCACAUUGACUCACCUCCUGUUUAAAAGCUGAUUCUGUUGUCAACAUCCAAGAAACUGCGUCAUCUUGUGUUUUUUUUUUUUGUAAAUUUCACUGGUAUUGUAAAAAAAAAACAAAAAAACAUAGACUUCACUUUGCAAAUGUUACUUUUUUGCAAAUACAAUUUUUGUAAAAGA